GCAUGCUGGGAAGCGAGUCUCACCCUAGCAACAGCAAAACUAUAUACGAUGAGAGCUCUCAAUUGUAGAUAGGUAACCGUUUGACAAUUCAGUCGUUUUGUUUAAAUUUACAGUGAAAGAAAAUUGAAUGUGAGUUUUCCAUAAUUUCCGAAAUGGACAAACUGCAGGCAGAAGAUGCACGGUACUUGAAAAGGAAAGUAAAACGGGGGAGUUUGGAUGUCCACCCGACAGAGAAAGCCCUCGUUGUUCAGUAUGAGGUGGAAGCGACUAUCCUCGGCGAAAUGGGGGACCCGAUGGUUGGAGAACGCAAGGAGUGUCAGAAAAUCAUCCGCCUUAAAAGCUUAAACGCCAACACGGACAUUGCCACCCUGGCUCGCAGGGUGGUGGAGGAAUGCAGGCUCAUUCAUCCAUCUAAACUUCCAGAGGUGGAACAACUGCUGUUCUACCUGCAGAACCGCAAGAAGCCAGACAAACAAGAGAAACAUUCGCCCAGAGACCUCACACCAUUUGAGGGGAUGGAGCUGGAUGAGGAGGCCAACAUCAACAGCAUAGAUGACUAUGUGGAGCUGCUGUAUGAAGACAUCCCAGAGAAGGUCAGGGGAGCAACCCUCAUUCUCCACCUCGCCCGCAACCCUGACAACCUGGAAGAGCUCCUGCAGAAUGAAACGGCCCUGGGAGCCCUAGCCAGAGUCCUGAGGGAGGACUGGAAACAGAGCGUUGACAUGGCAACUACCAUUAUCUACGUCUUCUUCUGCUUCUCCAGUUUCUCCCAGUUUCAUGGGCUAGUGACCCACUAUAAGAUCGGAGCCCUCUGUAUGAACAUCACUGAACACGAGCUGAAGAGGUACGACCUCUGGCAGGAUGAACUGCAGAAGAAGAAGAAGGCUUAUGAAGAGGACCCUGACAACCAGAAUGUGAAGAAGGAACAUGAGAAAGCCUUAAAGAAAUACCAGGGCCUCCUGAGCAAGCAGGAGCAGCUUCUACGAGUGGCUCUGUACCUGUUGUUAAACCUGGCUGAGGACACACGUACAGAGCUAAAAAUGAGGAACAAGAACAUCGUCCACAUGCUGGUGAAGACCCUGGACCGGGAGGACGAGGAGCUACUGGUGCUCGUGGUCUCCUUCCUCAAGAAACUCAGCAUCUUCCUGGAGAACAAGAAUGACAUGGCAGAGACAUAUGCAGUGGAGAAGCUGGCCAGGCUGCUGGCCUGUGAUCAUGAGAACCUACUGAACACUACCCUGCGUCUGCUCCUCAACCUCUCCUUUGACACAGGCCUCCGCAGCCAGAUGGUUCAGGCUGGACUCAUCCACAAACUCUCCUUAAUGCUAGCUGACGAGAAGCAGGGACAGCUGUGUAUGUGCAUUCUGUACCACAUCAGUGUGGAUGACCGAUUCAAGUCCAUGUUUGCCUACACAGACUGCAUACCACAGUUGAUGAAGAUGCUGUUUGAGUGUGGUGAGAGCCACAUGGAACCUGAGCUCAUCUCCUUCUGCAUCAACCUGGCAGCCAACAAGAGGAACGCACAGGUCAUCUGUGAAGGUAAUGGUCUGAAGAUGCUGAUGAAGAGGGGUCUGAAGUUAAAGGAUGUUCUUACCAUGAAGAUGAUCAGGAACUUGUCACAACAUGACGGACCCACCAAGAACCUCUUCAUAGACUAUGUGGGUGACCUAGCGGCUCAGAUGGGAGCCGAGGAGAGGGAGGAGUAUGUGAUGGAGUGUCUGGGGACUCUGGCUAACCUCACCAUCCCUGACCUUGACUGGGAACUGGUGCUGAAGGAGUACAACCUGGUGCCGUACCUCAAAGACCACCUCAAUCCAGGCUCGGCAGAGGAUGACCUUAUCCUAGAGGUGGUGAUCAUGAUAGGGACGGUAUCCAUGGACGACUCCUGUGCUGCCACAAUGGCCAAGUCUGGCAUCAUCCCUGCUCUCAUCGAGCUGCUCAACGCCCAACAGGAGGAUGAUGAGUUUGUGUGUCAGAUCGUCUAUGUGUUCUACCAGAUGGUGUUUCACCAGGCCACCAGGGACGUCAUCAUCAAGGACACACAGGCUCCUGCCUACCUCAUUGACCUGAUGCACGACAAGAACGCUGAGAUACGGAAAGUCUGUAACAACACACUGGACAUCAUCGCUGAGUAUGAUAAGCAGUGUGAGAGAAAGAUCCAGAGUGAGAAGUUCCGCUGGCACAACUCCCAGUGGUUAGAGAUGGUGGAGAGCAGAGCCAUGGGAGACGACGGGGAACCCUUCAUGUUUGGAGACGACGGAGAACCAUUCAUGCACAACGGAGACAUUCUGGAGAGACCCGACCUCUUCUACACCGCAGAUGGAAUCAUCCCAGCAGACGGUACCAUCAGCCCAGAGUUCUUCACAGACUACCAGAACGGAGACAUUGGCCAGGCUGGAGGCUUUCCCGGCAGUAUGAAUAUGGAUAUGUUUGGGCAGUCGACGGUGACCCCUGGACAGCGACCCGCCACGGUCUACGGCAUCCGGCCAGACGAGCAGUUCUUCUACAGCUACGCUGGUGCAGCUUCCAGAUGAACCAGGUUAACUUCACUAUACCACACAGACUGACUGCAGCUUCCAGAUGAACCAGGUUAACUUCACUAUACCACAGAGACUGACUGCUGCUAUAUCCCAUCUAGCCAGGUUAACUUCACUAUACCACAGAGACUGACUGCAGCUAUAUCCCAUCUAGCCAGGUUAACUUCACUAUACCACACAGACUGACUGCAGCUAUAUCCCAUCUAGCCAGGUUAACUUCACUAUACCACACAGACUGACUGCAGCUAUAUCCCAUCUAGCCAGGUUAACUUCACUAUACCACACAGACUGACUGCAGCUUCCAGAUGAACCAGGUUAACUUCACUAUACCACACAGACUGACUGCAGCUAUAUCCCAUCUAGCCAGGUUAACUUCACUAUACCACACAGACUGACUACAGCUAUAUCCCAUCUAGCCAGGUUAACUUCACUAUACCACAGAGACUGACUGCAGCUAUAUCCCAUCUAGCCAGGAUAACUUCAUUACACCACAGAGACUGACUGCAGCUAUAUCCCAUCUAGCCAGGUUAACUUCAUUACACCACAGAGACUGACUGCAGCUAUAUCCCAUCUAGCCAGGUUAACUUCACUAUACCCCACAGACUGACUACAGCUAUAUCCCAUCUAGCCAGGUUAACUUCACUAUACCACACAGACUGACUGCAGCUAUAUCCCAUCUAGCCAGGUUAACUUCAUUACACCACAGAGACUGACUGCAGCUAUAUCCCAUCUAGCCAGGUUAAGUUCACUAUACCACAGACUGACUGCAGCUAUAUCCCAUCUAGCCAGGUUAACUUCACUAUACCACACAGACUGACUGCAGCUAUAUCCCAUCUAGCCAGGUUAACUUCACUAUACCACACAGACUGUCUGCAGCUCCAGAUGAACCAGGUUAACUUCACUAUACCACACAGACUGACUACACCUAUAUCCCAUCUAGCCAGGUUAACUUCACUACACCACAGAGACUGACUGCAGCUUUGUCCCAUCUAGCCAGGUUAACUUCACUAUACCACAUAGACUGACUGCAGCUAUAUCCCAUCUAGCCAGGUUAACUUCAUUACACCACAGAGACUGACUGCAGCUAUAUCUCAUCUAGCCAGGUUAACUUCACUAUACCACAGAGACUGACUGCAGCUAUAUCCCAUCUAGCCAGGUUAAUUUCAUUACACCACAGACUGACUGCAGCUAUAUCUCAUCUAGCCAGGUUACCUUCACUAUACCACACAGACUGACUACAGCUAUAUCCCAUCUAGCCAGGUUAACUUCACUAUACCACACAGACUGACUACACCUAUAUCCCAUCUAGCCAGGUUAACUUCAUUACACCACAGAGACUGACUGCAGCUAUAUCUCAUCUAGCCAGGUUAACUUCACUAUACCACAAAGACUGACUGCAGCUAUAUCCCAUCUAGCCAGGUUAAUUUCAUUACACCACAGACUGACUGCAGCUAUAUCUCAUCUAGCCAGGUUACCUUCACUAUACCACACAGACUGACUACAGCUAUAUCCCAUCUAGCCAGGUUAACUUCACUAUACCACACAGACUGACUACAGCUAUAUCCCAUCUAGCCAGGUUAACUUCACUACACCACACAGACUGACUGCAGCUAUAUCCCAUCUAGCCAGGUUAACUUCAUUACACCACAGAGACUGACUGCAGCUAUAUCCCAUCUAGCCAGGUUACCUUCACUAUACCACACAGACUGACUGCAGCUAUAUCCCAUCUAGCCAGGUUAACUUCACUAUACCACACAGACUGACUGCAGCUAUAUCCCAUCUAGCCAGGUUAACUUCACUAUACCACACAGACUGACUGCAGCUCCAGAUGAACCAGGUUAACUUCACUAUACCACACAGACUGACUACACCUAUAUCCCAUCUAGCCAGGUUAACUUCACUAUACCACAUACUGACUGCAAAUAUGUCCCAUCUAGCCAGGUUAACUUCACUAUACCACACAGACUGACUGCAGCUAUAUCCCAUCUAGCCAGGUUAACUUCACUACACCACACAGACUGACUGCAGCUAUAUCCCAUCUAGCCAGGUUAACUUCAUUAUACCACACAGACUGUCUGCAGCUCCAGAUGAACCAGGUUAACUUCACUAUACCACACAGACUGACUGCAGCUAUAUCCCAUCUAGCCAGGUUAACUUCACUAUACCACACAGACUGUCUGCAGCUCCAGAUGAACCAGGUUAACUUCACUAUACCACACAGACUGACUACACCUAUAUCCCAUCUAGCCAGGUUAACUUCACUACACCACAGAGACUGACUGCAGCUAUAUCUCAUCUAGCCAGGUUAACUUCACUAUACCACAGAGACUGACUGCAGCUAUAUCCCAUCUAGCCAGGUUAACUUCAUUACACCACAGAGACUGACUGCAGCUAUAUCCCAUCUAGCCAGGUUAACUUCACUAUAUCACACAGACUGACUGCAGCUAUAUCUCAUCUAGCCAGGUUAACUUCACUAUACCACAGAGACUGACUUCAGCUAUAUCUCAUCUAGCCAGGUUAACUUCACUAUACCACAGAGACUGACUACAGCUAUAUCCCAUCUAGCCAGAUUAACUUCACUAUACCACAGAGACUGACUGCAGCUAUAUCCCAUCUAGCCAGGUUAACUUCACUAUACCACACAGACUGACUACAGCUAUAUCCCAUCUAGCCAGGUUAACUUCACUAUACCACAGAGACUGACUGCAGCUAUAUCCCAUCUAGCCAGGUUAACUUCAUUACACCACAGAGACUGACUGCAGCUAUAUCCCAUCUAGCCAGGUUAACUUCACUAUACCACAGAGACUGACUGCAGCUAUAUCUCAUCUAGCCAACUAUGCUUUGUGGUCAUGAAGGAGUAUCAACACUCCUGUAUGUUCAAUAGCACCUUGGUAUCUCAGCUGAUCUCUUCUAGUGCUGUAGUCCAAACUCUAGCAGUAAUGUUGUUGCUGUUUUAUUGAAUGAAAACAUCACAUCUUAAGCUACCUAAGUGAUGUUGUUGCUGUUUUAUUGAAUGAAAACGUCACAUCUUAAGCUACCUAAGUGAUGUUGUUGCUGUUUUAUUGAAUGAAUACAUCACAUCUUAAGCUACCUAAGUGAUGUUGUUGCUGUUUUAUUGAAUGAAAACGUCACAUCUUAAGCUACCUAAGUGAUGUUGUUGCUGUUUUAUUGAAUGAAAACGUCACAUCUUAAGCUACCUAAGUGAUGUUGUUGCUGUUUUAUUGAAUGAAAACGUCACAUCUUAAGCUACCUAAGUGAUGUUGCUGAAAAACAAUAUUUGUCAUUUUGUUUUUAGCUUUUAUUGAAAUAUUAUACAUCUCAAUGUUCACUACAAGUAUGUAUUACUGUAGCAUAAUACAACAACACAAACUGAAGAUGAAUGAACUGAAUUAUUAAAUUAUACAUUCAUGCUAUAUGUUGUACUGGGGUUCAUUGUUUUUCUGAUCAAUGCUACUUUCCAUAGAAUGUUUUUUUCCCCUUCAAAUUCCAGAAGGUUGGUUGGUAUGGCACAGUCUUAUUGUCUUAGUCCACUAACUGCAUGCUGUAACAGGCCAUUUUAUAGAUGACUUCAUUCUGGAGACUGACAGUUGAGAUGUUCUCCAUCUUUUCUGUCUUUGCAGUCUCUCUCUCUCUCUUUCUGUCUCUCUCUCUUUCUCUCUCUCUCUCUCUCUUUCUGUCUCUCUCUCUUUCUCUCUCUCUCUUUCUGUCUCUCUCUCUUUCUCUCUCCCUCUCUUUCUGUCUCUCUCUAUCUCUGUCUCUCUCUCUUUCUGUCUCUCUCUCUUUCUGUCUCUCUCUCUCUCUCUCUCUCUGUCUCUCUCUCUCUCUCUCUUGCUCUCUUUCUGUGUGUCUCUCUCUCUUUCUGUCUCUUUCUCUCUCUUUCUGCCUCUCUCUCUGGCUCUCUCUCUCUUUCUGUGUCUCUCUCUCUCUUUCUGUCUCUCCUCACACCACUGGAUAGUAUUACUGAAAAUGUUGUGUGUGGAGUCAGGCACUGAAUCGCAUCUGAAUUGUAUUUUGAAUAUAACUUUUUCACUGUACCUUUGUUAGUGGUGGAAAUACUUUUUGAAUUUGUACAAACAUUGAGUGAUUGUUUAUUUACCUGUUAUUUUUUAUAUGAAUGAACAAUUAGUUAGGUUGAUCUCAUUGCACGUGGUGCUCAUCAGAACUAUCAUAAAAGCAUUUUUCUGGGGCCAAUAUUUCAAAUAAAGUGUUGAAAACGGA